GCUUUUUUCUUAGGCAACAGUGGAGUAACAUCAUCAGGGUUCAAAUCCCCUUGGCGUGCUUCAACUCUUAGCUCAUCCUCAUUCGUAUUUCUGACUCCGCCGCUGCUGAUCUCCUUGCUCGAAUCUAAGAGAGAGAGAAAAAUAUGGAGAUAUUUGAGAUGUAGCAGCUAGUAUACAAGAGGGUGAUGGACUGGUAUAAGUGCCUCUCAAAGUCUGAAUCCAUGUGUAUCCUUCAUUAGGGAUCGGUUUAAUUGGUUUGAUUAGCGCCAUAAUUAAGACUUAAGAAGACCGUAGCUAGUUUGAAUUAUGAGGUUAGCUCAUUUUAAUAACAUGCAUGAUUGGGAACAAGCAUGUGGUAUGGUUCAUCAUGUCAUGUGGAAACGAUAAAUGCCCCCAAACAACGAUGAGUUAUAGAUCGGUCACGUCAUGAGUAUUAUUAAGGUGUACAUUUAAUAAUGUUCAAAAAUUCAUCAUGUAUAGUAAGCCGAGGACAAGUUCAUUCUGAAUAGUAAGUGAACUACCGUCGAAUAGGCCCUCUUUCUAGUCACAACAAGGGGUAUCAAUUCAUGUUUAAUUUUUUCGGUGAACCGAAGAUCAAACCAUGUAAGCUCCUCUUAUCGGUUUAUGUUAACUGUUUUUGGAACAAGCUUUGCACUUACCGGUCUCUGUUUAAACUAAGAAACGAAUAAAAAAAAACAAAAAAACCCGUUAAUAAUCGCAAGAGAGACAAAAAGACAAACGCAUUCAAUUUUCCAUUCAUUCGUACUGAAAUCGAACCGUUUAGGGGGUCUUUUCAUGGUUAACCCAUCGGUUCAACCGAACCGAAAAUCCCACACCCACCCCUAAUUUACUCAUAAUCUCGUCAUAUUAGCCAAUAUUCUUUGUAAAAAAUAAGGGGAAAAAAUAAAAUAUUCCAGACAAGAAUCUACAAUUCCUAUCCAGCAAAGUAGGCUGUAUAUGGGGGAGUCAACAACCGGAAAUCCGAAGUCAACAAGGAGAAGGAUGAGACCCAGAAUCCUAGGAUCCCGCAGCCUGCUCUGCUUUCGCUCUUUUUCUAAUGCAGAGUGACUGAGAACAUGGCGUUAAACAUGGAGAUUUAACCACUCUCUCUCUUGUGAGAACCUUCCUUCCAUAGUUCUCCAAUCUCCAUCCAUCAGCUCCACAAAUCAUGCACCAAAUUUGGUAAUGGAUCCGACACUUUGCGAAAGAAUACACAUGUGCACUGCCUGGUUAGCAGAUUGAGAAGCUACUGGUAAGGUAACACCAUCCUCUGUACGCAAAGGAUUCCAGGGGCCAUGUUCCCCCAAUUGAAUUGCUUAAUGCCAUGGUCGGCUCAGUUCAUGUUGCAUGCUCUCUCCCACUCUUGGCUAUACAGCAGUUCCUCCACGCGGCAAAUGCAGUUGUCGACAGAGCUAUAACCCUACAUAGCCUUCUGAUCAAGCUCAGCCUCUGUCCAUACCGACUCGAACGGACUGAUAUGGAGCACCCUUCAUAGCAGUUCUUUCUCCAAAACCCGACUUACAUCGACUUCGCAAACCCACCAUAAAUGACCCAGAUCCAUCACUGACCGUGUCUUGAAAUGGCCUUAACCCGACCUGCCCUGACCCAGCUCACAGUGUUACAUACUCGGGUAUGUUAGUGCUACGAGAUCUGACGCAGCCAACAUUACCAUAUAUGUACAAUGAGCCGAUAUCAAACGAAGUAGCUUAUCUUAAUAUACAUGACCUCAAAUGCCGCCUGAGUGGGCAAGAGAUCCGUGCAGGCUGCAGCCCACAUUAGACCAAGAACUGUACAUCGUGAACCUCGAGCUUAAUUCUCCACCUUGCCAAUAUGGAGUCCCAUGGCGGUCAACUCUUCCCAAAGUUGUCUACUUGCUCUUGCCUCUUGGAAUGUUGAAGAAAGUUAAUGGUGAAGUCGAGCGGCCUGAUGUAGAUGAGCCUGGUUGUGGUACUGCGGAGGUGGCAAGGUAUGGAAGAACAUUGGAGCCGAAUUCUGGACUUGCUUCGGAACCAUGCUCUGUGAUUGCACAGGAUUAAGAUCAGACAUUUCCUGCCGAAAAAAACAGAGACAUCGUCAAGUGUUUGAAAUCAUGACUCCUAAGAUUUAACACGGAAUAGGGGUGUGCAACCACUCUGGCUGAUAACAAACAGAAUUCGGCCAG